AUGCAUCCCUCGUAUAACUCCUCAGGACCAUCCCAAGCCGACCUCCCAGCUGGCCAACACCCCAGAAUCUUUCUAAGGGUCCCUUUGGGGGAUUGGGAUGCUACCAAAAAUGGCUCAAGAUAUUGGAAUGGUACUCUUCCUAACGGGGGGGACCCUGAGGCCAGGAUUACCUUGGUUAUGGUAACUUUGUGGUUGCUUGUCGGGGUCGGGGUCGGGUUGGUUUUUUGGUUUCUCUGGCGUCGGGAGUAUGCUCGUGCUCGUGCGAUUGUCAGGGAGGAGGCUAUACUAGCCGCCGCCGCCGCUGUUGCCGCCGUCACUGCUACCACUGCUACUGCAACUACCGCUGGAGAGAAUAUUCCUUUGGAAGAAGUUUGA